AUGAUGGGUAGCUGUAUCAAUAUGCUCCUGUUCGUGCUAGUUGCUUUUAUUGGUGCCGCCCAGUCAGAAGUGAACACAGCUUAUAACGACGCCACGACAGACCAAGCAUGUGUGGCCAAAUACCAACGAAGAACUAAAGGAAGCAGCCAGGAGAGUUGCCAAGAAAUCACCGACGCUGCAAGAUGCAUUUCCAGAGCCGGAGGUUUCAUGGGCAGGACGCCGAACGAUACUGACAAUGCUCGGUUCAUUGCGCAACUGGCACCGAUCACUGCAGUUCCACGGAAGGAUUGUCCGCUAGAUAUCAAAACGUUGAACGAGAAAGCGGCUUUAGAAGUAGCCUCGGCUGUUGCUACCGUGCUCACAACAGGUGAUGAACCAGAUGGAGCCAUGACAAUGUCAG